AUGUCUGCUGCUGAAGGAACUCCCGAAGCGAAGAUCGUACUUCUUGGCGCUACCAUGGUUGGUAAGACAACACUUGUUACUAGAUUUAUCACAGGUGAAUUUGAUCAAUCAAUUAAAUCAACAGUUGGUGCUUGCUAUGCAUCAAAAGUAGUUCCUAUCGACGGCGAGUCUAUCAAACUUCAAAUUUGGGAUACAGCAGGUCAAGAGAAAUUCAAGAACCUUGUACCUAUGUACUUCCGCGCCGCCAAAGUUGCUAUUUUAACAUUUUCAGUUUGUGAUCCAGAAUCUGCUGACGAAGUUAUUUUCUGGUCUAAUAACUUAAAACAAAAUACCCCGGGUGUUAUGCCGGCCCUCUUCGUUGUAGCUAAUAAGAUUGAUCUUCCAGAUAGAAAAGUCCCAACAGAGAAAGGACAGCAAAUUGCUGAAGAGGUUGGUGGUGAAUACGUCGAAGUUUCGGCCAAGGAUGGCUUCAAUAUAGACAAUUUACUUCAAAAGAUUGGGCAAGCCGCAUUAAAGGCUGUUAAGAAUGAUGCUCCUCAGCCUAAAUCUCAAACAAUCAAUCCUGUACCAAAGAAGAAGAAGGAUGGAUGCUGCUAA